CACACGAGACCCAGCUCAAACAGCUCAAGUGCCACCUAAUUGCCCUCCCAGGCCUCCCAUGCAAGCUGUGACCAGCCCCCCUCUUGCUAAGCUAAUGGGAGCUAAUGAAACCCCCAAGCAGAUGGCUGCAGAUAGCUUAAUAAUAGCCCAUCGCUCCACAGAGCCGACACUCUACCUAGCAAGGCUCCCACCCUCAAUCCCAGCCCCAGAGCUAUUGCUCCGUCAACCCGCCUUUGAACCUAGGGCCUGGAUGGAGGCGGGGGCAGCAACUGAGAAUAUUAGUCUCCUCUCCCUUUUCCAGUGUUUUCAGACUGUUUAGAAAGCAAACAACUGGAGGGAGAGAGAGAGAGAAGAGCAGUUCUUAAUAUGGCAACAGCAAAUGUAAUUCUAUUACUGUGAUUUAUUGAUUGCACUCUGAGCAAUUACUGGCUUUCACCCCAUCACCUGCCAGUGGAAGAGAGCGAGAGAGACAGCAAGGAGAAGGAGAAAACAAAGAGGCGGCCACACAUGCCUCCCACCGUUUGGAAACAAGGGCCUCAGAGGAAAGCUUUGAUUUUUUAAUUUGGGCUCUGUUAGGAGAGAUCAUUUGUGUGAGCCCUCUCUCCCCCCACCUUUGGUGGGUCCUUGCUUGGGGACUGGGAGCUGCCUGCUCUGCCUCUGCUGUGGGAUCACAGUGGGAAUUAGGUUGCCAUUGCUCAGAGGAGGGGGUUGGAGGGUGAAAGUGGGCCCUGCAGCUCCCCCCCUUGCUUUGCACAAAGCCACAGCACUGGGUUUGGGGGAGAUGGGAGCAGGGGUCAGCCCCCUACCAGGUCCCAGGGCUGGAGGGUGAAACUGACCAGGAAAGAAAUUGACAAGGAAAGAAACUGACCAGCCCCUUGCCCCUCCUGGAGUCUUGGGGAGCACAAGGGCUGAAGGGCUGGGGCGUGGAAAGCAGACACCGGCCAGCUCUGGUACCCUCAUGGGGACAACACUUCCUCUCACCAGGGUGAGGAGCCCAUCACUGCAUGCGAGAAGGGGCAGAGACUGUGGAGGGAAACCGAUUGGGGUCUGACCAGGGGAGCAAGCCCAAGGAUGGCAAGAUGCCAUAGCUUGGGCCACGUUAGGGGCUGCUUUGUAGAAGCCAGUUGCUCCUGGGGGGUGUGAUGGGAACUGGGGCUUCCCAUCCCCGGUUGCAAGUGGGAAGAACUGCCCAGACCUGGGAGAUCUGAGCAAGGUGCCUCCACCUGCUGUGGAGUCUGGCGGGGAGGCGAGAGGGCUCUCUGCUGCACCCUCCAUGCCCCCAAACCUGCUUGCAGGCUGUUUUGGAGGCAUCAGAAAGCAGAGCCAGCAAGAAGCAAAGGAAACCCAGCAGCAGAGCAUCACCCGCCUCGCCCAGCCCUGCGGCUUUGAUGUCAUGAGCCGGCUGCGCGGCGGGGCGGGGGGCUCCCGCAAGGCCCCCCGGGGCGAGGGGGGACAGCCGGCCGGCGAGGAGUGGAACCGCAAGGGCAGCUUCAUCAACAAGCCGGCGCAGGGCUGGCUGCACCCCGACGAGAGGGUCCUGGGUCCAGGCGUCUCCUAUAUCGUCCGGUACAUGGGCUGCAUCGAAGUGCUGCGCUCCAUGCGGUCUUUGGACUUUAACACGCGGACCCAGGUGACCCGGGAGGCAAUCAACCGUCUGUACGAGGCUGUGCCUGGCGUCAAGGGGGCCUGGAAGAAGAAGGCUCCCAACAAAGCUCUCUUCUCCAUCCUGGGCAAGAGCAACCUCCGCUUUGCUGGGAUGAGCAUCGCCGUCAACAUCUCCAUCGACGGGCUGAACCUCAUGGUCCCCACCACGCGGCAGAUCAUCGCCAACCACCACAUGCAGUCCAUCUCCUUCGCCUCCGGGGGGGACACAGACACGACGGACUACGUGGCAUACGUGGCCAAGGACCCCAUCAACCAAAGAGCGUGCCACAUCCUGGAGUGCUGCGACGGGCUGGCCCAGAGCGUCAUCAACACGGUGGGGCAAGCCUUCGAGCUGCGCUUCAAGCAGUACCUGCACAGCCCCCCGAAGGCGGUGGUGCCGCCCGAUAGAGUGCUGGGCCCCGAGGAUUCGGCGUGGGGCGACGAGGAGGACGCGGGCGAGCACGACUACUACAACAGCAUCCCCGGCAAGGAGCCGCCCCUGGGGGGGCUCGUCGACUCCCGGCUCCGGCACGGGCCACCACUGGGCCACGCUGGAUUCCCACUCCGGAGGGACCCGAGCAGCCACCCAGGCCCCCCCUGGGAUGUUGAUGCCCAUGGCCAGCCCUGCGACGGGUACCUGCAGGCUGACGGGCAGCCCCUGGGACCCCGCGACUACGAGGACCACAUGUAUGUGAACACGCAGAGCCUGGAUGGCUGGGAGGCAGAGCCUGGGGGUCACGGGGUGCCGGAAGAGAGCCCCAAAAAGGACCUCUUUGAUAUGAGGCCUUUUGAAGAUGCCCUGAAGCUGCACGAGUGCACAGUGGCAGCGGGCAGUGCCAGCCCCCCCUUGGAGGACCGGUGGCCCAGCCCCCCCACCCGCAAGGCCCCCAUCGCCCCCACGGAAGAGCAGCUGAAACGGGAGCCCUGGUACCACGGGAAGAUGAGCCGGCGGGACGCCGAGAAGCUGCUGCAGGUGGACGGGGACUUCUUGGUGCGGGACAGCAUCACCAACCCGGGGCAGUAUGUCCUCACGGGCAUGCACGGCGGGCAGCUCAAGCACCUCUUGCUGGUGGAUCCGGAAGGCGUGGUGAGGACCAAGGACGUGCUGUUCGAGAGCAUCAGCCACCUCAUCAACUUCCACCUGCAGAACCAGCAGCCCAUCGUGGCGGCCGAGAGCGAGCUGCACCUGCGGCAGGUGGUGGCCAGGAAGCAGUGACCGCUGGGUGGUCGCCGCGCUCCAUCCCACCCCUGCGACCGGCAGCCCCCGGCAGCUGGGCUCCCGCCUGGGACGGGGCAAUGCUAUUUACCCAACAUGUGUGAGAGCAAUGCUCCCCUUCCCCCUCCCUGCCCCGCCACGGAGCCUGGCACCGACGGACCAGGAACGGGCCCCACCCCGGCCCCCCGGCCGUCCUUGUUCCCUCGACACGCUCGAGAGCAGAGCGCGGCAGCCAGGACGCCUGGGCUCCUUUCUCCUUGCUCUACUGCUGACUUCCUUCGGGGCUGGGGGGGAGAAGUGCAGGGAGGGAGAAGGUGUGGGCAAGUGGUGUCACCACUCUGUGCCUCAGUUUCCCCCCUCUGUAAAAUGGGGGAGGAGGAAAUCGCCUGAGCUGCCUUGCAGGCAGAGCGGUGGGGGGUAGGGUCAUUAUAGGUGGGGGCUGCUGGGCUCCAAGGUCAGCUGCUUAGGACCCCCGGAGCAGAGGGGAGGCCUCAGCAGGUGGGGGAGGAUGUGCCUGCCAUGCAGAGCUCCUACCAGCACGAGGCUCAUUGCACCAGGGGGUUCAAAGGCCUUGGAAGAGAGAAGAGCAGAGCUGCUGGGGGCAGGGUGGAUGGAUCUGCCCCCCACCCGCAUGCCCUCCGCCAGCCUGAGGCUAUGCCAGCACCUUGCAGUCCUGCCUAGGAGAGGGCUCUGUCUCUUCCCCACCCUCCUGUUUGCCCAGUCACCCUCUGGGCAGGGGGCUGGGGCGGGGAGGGGGCAAUUUGCUGCCCUGCAGCUCGGCUCAGGUUAGCACUGCUUGGAGCAUCGCUGGUCCCUGCCUCCUGGCACCGUGCACGGUGGGCUGGGGGGUAACGGGCUCCCCAUCGUGCAAGGGCUGGCCCCUGUGGGUCAGGAUCGUUGUCCCCGCUCGCCCUGCCGCCGGCAUCCCGCAGGGGCCCAUGCACACGUCCCGCCCGGCAGCACCAGGCUCGCGCUCUGCGCUGCUUUGCACAGGGCUCACGCGGUGCCCGCAGGGCUGAGCACCCACCCCUGGGGACGGACCCCCCCACGCUGCGGCACGGGGCAGGACAGACCUGUGUGGACGCCUGCUGUCCCGAGAGCCUCCUCGUUUGGAAUAUGUUUCUAAUUAAACCCAGAA